ACCCAUACAGACUUGGUGUAGACUCCCCUGGGUACAGCCUGUGGUAUGAGGUCCGGUCAAUAGCCUUGUCUCGUUCUAACUGCUUCGGAUGGUCUAUCACCCUCUUCCUGUAUAUAAUAGAUAUAUGUUAACUCCCUUGCAGUGUAAGGCUCGAGUAGUACCCCAGCUGUUAUUACACAAGGAGCAGAAACGUGCUUUAUGGAAAAAUAUUUGAGGUUCCAUCUGCUGGGCCGCAUUAGACCUUUGGCAGGUCAGAUGUGGGCUCCUGGCCCCAUGUUGGACACCCUGUUAUUUGAGGAUCAUCCUGUUAUUCAGUUGCUUCUAGCUAUGACGGGAUUAGGACUGAGGCCUGUUACCGCAUGGCUCCCUGCUGCACUGGGUUCUGGUUCUGAGAUCACUCAGGGUACUGCAGAGGACCGUCUGUACUACGAGCAGACUCGUGUUUAUCAGAGAGAUAAGAGCCGAGCAGCUCUGAGCGGUCAGACUGUCAGAACAGACACUUUCUCUGAAGCUCCAACUCCAGACAGAAUGGGAAGCAGGAAGUCGCUGUGCUGUGGGUUUUCAGCUCUGGAAGUGACGCUCGGCGUCAUCUUCGUCGUUAUGACCGGCGUGUGCAUCUCGCUGGUCGUGCUGUACGUUACCAGGGAAACGCACACAGAUCCGGAGACUCCGCCCCCUCAGCACACGCCUUACCUGAUCGGCGUGGGCCGAGCCGACUGCACCGGACCGCCGGCUGAUGUCCCUAUGAUGGGCUAUGCAAACCCUCAGCAGACGGCUGCAGGCAUACACACCCGUUUGUACAGCAGAGCCUUCAUCGUCGAUGACGGCAAGCGCAGGGUGGUGUUCGUCACGGCAGACAUAGGAAUGGUUUCACAGAGGCUCCGACUCGAGGUUCUGCAGGCACUGCAGGUGAAGUACGGGGAUCUAUACCAACAGGAUAAUGUUGUUCUGAGUGGGACUCACACUCACUGUGGACCCGGCGGAUAUUUCCAGUACACGCUGUUCAUGAUCACAAGCGGUUACAUGAAGGCUGCCAUCGAGCCGUUGGUCAACGGCAUUGUUAAGAGUAUAGACAUAGCCCACAAUAACAUGAAGCCCGGCAGGAUCUACAGGAACAGAGGAGAGCUGGACGACAGCAGCCUGAACAGAAGUCCUCACUCGUACCUGAACAACCCUGAGGAGGAGAGGCGCAGGUAUAAGUGGAACACCGACAAACAGGUGCUGGUGCUGAAGUUCACCGAUCAGGAUGGAGACGGCAUCGGUAUGAUCAGCUGGUUUGCUGUCCACGCGGUGAGCAUGAACUACACCAACCGCAUGGUGAGCAGCGACAACAUGGGCUAUGCCUCCUACCUGUUGGAGCAGGACAAGAACCCCGGAGGGCUACCUGGACAGGGAAGUUUCGUUGCUGGUUUCUCCUCCAGUAACCUCGGCGACGUCACUCCGAACACCAGAGGACCGUACUGUGUGAACACUGGGCUGCCCUGUGACUACCUGAACAGCUCCUGUCCCAUAGGAGGGACUAAAAUGUGUCAGGCGUUCGGACCUGGAGAAGACAUGUUUGAGAGCACUCGGAUCAUCGGACACAACGUCUACCUGAAAGCCAAGGAGCUCUAUGCAAAUGCAGUCGAGGAGGUGACCGGCUUUAUUCAUCAUGCUCAUCAGUGGGUCAACAUGACUGAUGUCACUGUUCAGAUCAAUGAGACACACACGGCAAGCACAUGUAAACCAGCUCUGGGUCACAGCUUUGCAGCAGGAACAAUAGAUGGAGGCGGAGACCUGAACUUCACCCAAGGCGCUGUGGAAGGAGACCCCUUCUGGGAUGGGAUCAGAGAUGCUUUGCUUGGCCAACCAUCCAAUCAGACGAAGGAAUGUCAUCAUCCCAAACCCAUCCUCUUGAGCACGGGGGAGAUGAACUGGCCUCUGCCCUGGCAUCCUCAGAUUGUCGACGUUCAGAUGAUCACCAUCGGCUCUGUGGCUGUCGUAGCUGUUCCUGGCGAAAUGACCACCAUGUCAGGGCGGAGGUUACGAGAAGCUGUCAAAGAGGAGCUGGAGUCAGAGGGAACACUAAAGGACAUGGAGGUGGUGAUUGCAGGCCUCAGUAACGUGUACACUCAUUACAUCACCACCUAUGAAGAAUACCAGGUGCAACGGUAUGAAGGCGCUUCAACCAUAUACGGCCCGCACACGCUCAGUGCCUACCUGCAAAAGUAUCGAGGCCUGGCCCGAGCCAUUGCUCAGGACAGAGUCUCAGAGCUGCCAGCCGGCCCUCAGCCUCCCUUCUUCACAGAGAAUCUCUUUAAUUUUGUGCCCCUGGCGCUCUUUGACAGAAAACCUGAGAAUAUGAGCUUUGGAGACGUCCUGGAGGAGGUUUACCCCGUUUAUAGACAGGGUGAUGUUGUGACUGUCACGUUUGUAGCAGGAAACCCGAGAAACUCUGGAGAUAUUAGGGAUAAGACCUUUGUCACUGUUGAGAUUUUUGACAACAGAACAGAAACCUGGGAGGUUGUCCACAAUGAUGCAUCAUGGGAGACCAGGUUUCACUGGCUGAAGGGGUCAAACUGGCAGAGUAACGCCACAGUGGAGUGGCAGAUUCCCCCGACAGCCUUGGCGGGCUCCUACAGGAUCAAACACUUUGGCCACUACAAAGAGCUGAAAGGCCUGCAGCCGGUCAUAACGCCGUACGAAGGCUCGUCGGACGUCUUCACGGUCACUGCCAGCUUCUACUACGAGUGAAGCAGUUUGAGACGGCAUGGCCGACCACCAUCCAGCACCAAGUCCUCCAGGACUCAUCAGAUUUUAAGAGGCUGCAUGUGUCGGGACAAACACUCUGACUAUAUCUGAAAUCCAAAUAAACCGUUUAAAUGUUC